AUGCUGCCUAUUUUCGCUGUCGUAGCUGUGCUUCUAUUAACGUUUGAUUCACUUCAUGGUCAAGUCGAGAUUGUUCAAGCAGAUCCUGUUAAAAAUGUUAAGUUUCCACCAGCACCCAAGGGUCUAACGUUUGGCAAAGAAAUUCAUUUGUCAACAUUUGGUAUCGAUCGUGUUGGAUGUAGCGGCUUGCCCGGUCCAAGUGGAACGACUUGUAAUCCCUAUACAGGAGAUACUCUCUGUAGUUCAUUGCGUCCGGUACUUUGUGCCAAAGUGGAUAAUUCACCUCGCCCUCCCUAUUUAGUACUCGGUCCUGGUGCUGCGAUGCCUGCCUAUUUCUAUGCUGGUUGGAACCUUGGACAUAUCUCUACUACUUUACCAGUACAAGGUUCUCAAUUUGCGAAUCUAGCCGCUGUUAAUGCAUUUUGUACUAUGUAUUUUGGAUCUGGCUGGAUUGCUGCUACUUUUCAUCAUGGAAAACACAUUGCAGGCAUGAAUGGAACGACAUAUUCUGGAAGCAGCUGGACACUAAACGCUGCACUGAUCCAAACUGGUGGUUGGCAUUAUUAUUCGUAUGGUGAUGUUCGAAAUGAUACACGCUUUUGGAUACACAUUCAAGAUCAGCCAGCCAAUUGCUGGCAACCGUAA